AUGAUUGAUGUGGAAUACCCAUUUCUUGUCUCAUCAGCAACCUCUCGAAUCAGCUCCACAUCUUCGCUAGCCGUCAGUUCCAAAGACGCUUCGGCAAAGAAUGACGUUGUAACAGGAACAUAUUCCAGUGUCGCGGUUUCGGAAGGCACCAAGAGGGUUGAUGAAAUUACUAAAUCUCGGACAUGGGAUGGUGACCUUCCUGGUAAGAUGCAAACUCUUAGUUAUGGCGAGUUCGACCUAGUUGAUCAGCCGUGUUGUGACAACCACUUCAUAUGUACGGGCUAUUCUUCUGUCCAUGGCCCCCCAAAUGGCGCUUUUGUGUGCUUGUGCAGCACCAUAGGCCGUGUACACCGCCAACGUAAGGAGCUGAAAAAGAAGAAGGAUUUCACCAUUUACGGCAUAGCAUCAAAUGGGUAUACCUUCGUCCUCCUAAAGAUCGACAAUGAUUCGAAGCCAAGCAGCCAUGCGGAAAGCAACAAACCUCAGAUGAGUCCGCAAUCUAGAGACACAGGCAUCAUUUUGCUGCGUGAUAACGUCUACGGGCUGGCCAGCUUGCUCUACGGAGGGGCGACGGAGGCCCAGACACCUCUUCAGCACGCAGGAUGGCGAGAUGCGGUCGAUGGAUUAGGCGACGUACUGGCAACUCUGCCACAUUGUAUUCCACCCGCUGUUCGGCCCAUUGCUCUAGCGCUUCACGUUGAAUGUGAGAGACGACUAGCGCACUUUGACGUUAGUUUGCCGUUAAUCAUACUUGUGCUUUAA